GUGCGCUGCGGACAGACCAUCCGGCUCACGCACCUGGGCACCGGCCGCAACCUGCACAGCCACCGCUUCGCCUCCCCGCUCUCCGGGAACCAGGAGGUGAGUGCAUUCGGGGAGGCUGGUGAGGGUGACUACCUGGACGACUGGACAGUGGUGUGCAGUGGGACCUACUGGGUGCGGGAGGACGAGGUGCGCUUCCAGCACACCUCCACCGACGUCUUCCUCUCGGUGACGGGGGAGCAGUACGGGCGACCCAUCCACGGGCAGAAGGAGGUGCAUGGCAUGGCCACUUCCAGCCAGAAUAACUACUGGAAGGUGAUGGAGGGAAUCUUCAUGCAGCCCAGCGAGGCCUUCAGAGCGGAGCAGUACCACGCUGAGUUGUGAGGGACUGACAGACUGAUGCUCAGCCUCUGGGCACUGCCCUGCCGUGUUUGGGACUGCUGAACACAGAGAAUGGCCCCUGUCCCCACCUGGGAUUGACACACACCAGGAUGCAGUGCCCCACAUCCAACAUAAAGCAGAUCCCAAUGUCCUGAAUUUGAUGUGGAGCAGAUCCCAGAUUUUCAAAUCUGACAC